CACAUAUGGAGACGAACGUCGUACGCCUCCGUAAUGUGACCGACGCUGCACUCAACUCUGCGUUGCGCAGCACCAUGAACUGCGUAGAGCGAGUCUUUUCAUCCAUCAUUCAACAAUUAUCACUACAAAUGACGCCGACAUUUGUAUUGAAAGUAAAAAGAUAAUAGCAUGGACCUGUCAUCGCUUCUCUGUCGCCUGCGCGUCUCAUCCUCGUCAGCCCGCCCCUUCCAUCUCCCUGACGACAGUCAGCCCUUUCCACCAAUCACAGAGGUGCUCCGCCAGCUGCAGGACAAUCUGAGUGGAGUCGCUCAACGAGACGACUGUGACUCGGAGAAAGUAUCUGCCAUUGGCCAGGCGGAACAGUUAUUCAAGAUCGCUGACUCCCAUUGGCUGACGUCCCCUGAUGACAGCGAUGAGACCAAUGACGCGCCUGCGUGUGCCCGGUGGGCGGCGCUGGCGGAGGCCUACGUGGGCGUAGUCCGGUCUCUCACCCGCUGUGCCGCUCUGCCCGCGUGCGAGGCCGACAGCGGCCUGCCCGACAGCCUCUACCGGGACGUCCCAGCCGGGGCCGUGCUGGUCUGCUCGGCCCUCUGCAGCCUGCUGGGGUGCCUGGGGCUGGCCGGGGGAGAGGCGGGGGGGCAGGGCGUGAGGGAGGCAACCCAGGAUGAGGCCCCACCCACCGGUCGAGGCGCCGGGGCCCUCCUCUUAGCAGCUGUGGCCCCACUGUGUUGUGUGUUUGCUGUGACCCACUCGCAGGAACAGCCAUGGACGGACGCCCGCUCAAGGGAGUCUGCCGGGCACCUGCUGAGCAGCCUGGUGGCGGCGGGGCGGUUCAGGGACAUCCCUCACUUCCUCAUGGGGGACGAGGAGGAGUCUGCAGGAGGGGGGAGAGGCCGGGCUGUGUUCGGGGGGCUCCUGGAUGUCCUGCAGCCUAACCUGACAAAGGACCUGUUGCCUCAGUGUGCAGCAGUGAAAGUGGUCUUCUCCUGGGCUCUACUUCAGAUGAGCCGCCCCUUUCUCUCCCACCACCUCCCCCGUGUCGUCUCCCCCUCCCUCCUCCUGUCGGACCACUACAGGCCAGAGAACUGCAUUCUUGGAAUCCGUUGUCUCCAUCAUAUAGUUCUACAGACGUCUGCAGCAGAGCUACGUCAAUACAACAGAGCAGAGGUGGUCUACCAGGCUCUCUACAAACACCUGUACACCACCAACGGCCCGCAGAUACAGCUGGUCCUGGCCUGCUUCUUGGACCUGCUGCUCGUCCUGGAGAAGCCUCCCUCUAUCUCGGGCCCCCAGGAGGUCCCCAGGAAGCCCUGUCGCCACGACGACGUGGUGCGUCUGCUCCUCACCAACAUGGAGAUGGAGCACAAGGUGGCGCUGCGCCGCAUCUACGCCGCCGCACUGCCACAGUACAUCCACAGACUGAGGGUGUGUGCGUGCAGACACCUGAAGCGGCUGGAGCGCGUGCUGCUGAGUUACCUGGAGGUGAGCGACCCCCCGCAGGAGAGCAGCAGGAGCAGCGCCCUGGAGGCCCUGGAGACACUGCUCCCUGUGGCCUGGCCCCGGAUAGACCAGCGCCGUGUGGGCGUGUUCCUGCAGUGUUUGUUGCGGCUGCUGGUCGACUUGUCAUCUGAAAGCCUCCUUUCUGCAUCCAUCAAGGAGAAGCUAAACAAUCAGACGGCUCGUUGUUUGACUCUACUGAACCACUGUUCACAUGGCAGGGUCAAGUCACUCCUUCAGCUGGUAGACAGUAGCUGUGCCAGUGCUGCUGUGCUGCGUUGCCUAGAGACGGUCACCAUGGCGACAGAAAGGUGACAGUGGCCCACUCUGAUCUGCAUGGCUCUUCUCUGGACAUGAGGGACGUCACUUCCUGUAACUGCUGAUGUCACAGCUUUCCCAUUGACAUCACCAAACUGAACCAAUUAAAGUAACAUUUUUGUA